AUGGCUACUCAAACUUUCUCAUCUGCCCAAAAGGAGCUAUGGAAAUCUUUUCAAAAUCUGAAGCUUGGAUCUGAUAAAACUACAUGGAAGGUACAUGAAGAUGCUCAAGAUCAAUAUGAAAGGGAUCAUCGCUUGUGCUUGGUAGUUCAAGGUCUUAAUCCGGAUCAUCAAAAUCCAACUAGCAUGAAACACACUCUUCUGAAGGCUUGGAACUUGGCAGGUAAGGUAGAGGGCCAAAUUAAUGACGAUGACACUGUUAAUUUUUACUUCCGUUCGGAGCACCAUCUACUCAUAAUUCUAGAGAAUGCUCCUUAUACGUUCAAGGGAUGGAUGGUUGCAAUUGAUAGAUGGAAUCGAAGAGAGCUUCCAACGUUUCUCAAAACAAUCCCCUUUUGGAUUCGGAUUGAAAAUCUCUCCAAUAUUUUCCGAAGGGAGCAAAUUGUUCGAAGUAUCGGUUCCAAACUUGGUCAGGUGGAAGAGGUGGAGAUUUCUGAACCGACUGCUCUUCGCCCCGCAGAAGUCUGGGUGAAAGUCCGCUUCAAUGUUGAUCAUGAAAUUACCUUAGCGAGGACUGUGCAAAUUACCCGUACCAGCAAACCUGUUGAGAUGGAGUUUCGUUAUGAUGUCUUCCAGAAGUUCUGUACCAAUUGUGGAAGUUUGAAGCAUAGUUUUGAUGUCCGCCUUCAUCCUCCUAAUCUUGAGACUCAAAGCUUUCAGCAGAUGCAAAUAGAUUCAGCGACUACUAAGUCAGAUACUUCUGUCAUUGCGCUUCCACCUUCGCCAUCUAAAAUUCAGGGGCUGCCUCCAGAUGAUGCUAUCCUUUCCCCUGUAUGUUCUGCCCCAACUCUCCCCUCUCUCCUGGCCUUGAAGAUAGCUUCAUCUGAUCAAAGAGAGUCAUCUCGUAGUGUGGAACAUGGUUCUAAAAGGAAGCUGUAG